AUGGCUAAGGGUAAAGAUGUCCGAGUAAAAGUUAUUUUGGAAUGUACUAGUUGUGUUCGAAAGAGUGUUAAUAAGAGAUCACGGGGCGUUUCCAGAUAUAUUACUCAAAAGAAUCGCCACAAUACGCCUAGUCGAUUGGAAUUGCGAAAAUUUUGUCCCUAUUGUUACAAACAUACAAUUCAUGGAGAGAUAAAGAAAUAG